AUGGAGUUGCACGCGCUCUGUGGAUUCCUAUACUGGCUGCUGCUGCCGCUCUCCCUUCUAGCGGCCUGCCUGUUCCGGGUCAAUGGUCUGUCAUUCAUUUAUCUACUUUUCCUGCUGCUCCUGCCCUGGUUCCUGGGGCCCACCAAACACAGCAUCAGAGGUUCCACAGGUCACCUCCUUCGAGCCCUCCUGUGCAUCAGCAUCCUCUUCCUUCUCGCUCACAUUGCCUUUCAGAUAUGCCUGCAUACGGUGCCUGGCCUGGACGAGCGGCUGGGAACCAAUUGCAGUUCCUGGGAGAUUCUGGCCUAUCAUGUGGGGGUCACCAGGCUAAACCUGGAUGACAUCCCCAACACCCUUCGUUUGGUGGCCCCAGACCUGGGCAUCCUUGUGGUCUCCUCUGUCUGCUUGGGCCUCUAUAACCGCCUUGUGAAGAAGACCCGCCGAGCCCAGCGCUCAAUGGUCCCAGAACCACAGGAGCAGGACAGUGAUGAGAGUGAGACCAAUGCCAACCAUCAAGGAUGGUCACAAGGAACCGGAGAAGAGGCCUCCAAUCGGGCUUCUCGCCUGGCUGUGAAGAUCAGGGUCACCGUCCACUGGCUGUUGAAAGCGAUGGGAAACACCCUGGCCAUUGUGUUGCUGGCCCUGGCAGGCAUCACUCUGCCCUCUGCCUUCUCCAGCACCUACUAUUUGCUGUUCCUGGGUCUCUGCACCUGGUGGGCCUGCCACUUUCCCAUCAGCCACCUGGGCUUCAAUGCCCUCUGCGUGAUGGUCGGCUGCUUCUCCGGUGGCCACCUCCUCUGCCUCUACUGCUAUCAGACGUCCUUUAUUCAGACACUGCUCCCACCUGCUGGAAUCUGGGCCAGGGUUUUUGGUCUCAAGGAUAUCAUCGGCCCCCUCAACUGCACCAACCCCAAUGCCCUCGUCCUCAACACCAGCCACGACUGGCCUGUCUACGUGAAUCCGGGCGUCCUGCUGCUGCUCUACUAUACUGUGGCCUUGCUGCUCACGCUGAGGAGGCUGGACCCCUCCGACCAGAAAGAGGAUGCCGAGGGAGACCAAGAAGUGGAGCUGAUGGAGGUGGGCCAGGCACCCAAGGGGCAGGGCCGAGCUGCGGAGGAAACCAAGAAUAUGCUGCCAGAGAGUCCCACCAGUUCCACAGAAAACUGCACUGUACACGUCUUGAACAGCCAGACUCCGACCCAGCAUCGCCCGGGAAGUAAUCGAGCUCAGCCCAGGGAGACCUCACCCCUGUAUGCCCUUGGUCACGUCAUCAUGAACCAGAGCUAUGUGUGUGCUCUCAUUGCCAUGAUGGUGUGGAGCAUCACCUACCACAGCUGGCUGACCUUUGUCCUGCUGCUGUGGGCCUGCCUCAUCUGGAUUGUCCGGAGCCGUCACCAUUUUGCCAUGCUGUGUUCCCCCUUUAUCCUGCUCUACGGACUGGUCCUGUGCAGUCUGCAGUACGUCUGGGCCAUGGACCUGGAGCCCGAACUCCCCAAGAAAGUUGGCUUCAUGAGCUUGCAUCAGCUGGGGUUGGAACACACUCGCUACCCCUGCCUUCACCUAGGCGCCAUGCUGCUCUGCACUUUGACCUUUUGGCUCCUGCUGCGCCAGUUUGUGAAGGAGAAGCUCCUUAAGAAGAAGCAGCCUCCAGCCACCCUCCGGGAGGUCACCGUGAGUGAGUUUGGAGAGCACACACGGACUCGGCUGUUACUCAAGAAGUUGGGGGAGUUGGUGACAGAUUUUUAUGCCAAGUACUGGAUCUACGUCUGUGCAGGCAUGUUCAUCGUAGUCAGCUUUGCUGGGCGCCUCGUGGUCUACAAAAUUGUCUACAUGUUCCUCUUCCUGCUCUGUCUCACCCUCUUCCAGGUCUACUACAGCCUAUGGCGCAAGCUGCUAAAGGUGUUCUGGUGGCUGGUGGUAGCAUAUACCAUGCUGGUGCUGAUCGCUGUCUACACCUUCCAGUUCCAGGAUUUCCCCAUGUACUGGCGCAAUCUGACUGGCUUCACUGAUGAGCAGUUACAAGACCUCGGGCUGGAGCAGUUCAGUGUGUCCAAGCUUUUCUACAGCAUCCUCAUCCCUGGCUUCUUCCUCCUCGCCUGCAUUCUCCAGUUGCACUAUUUUCACCGGCCCUUCAUGCGCCUCACCGACCUGGAGCACAUCCCACCCCCAAGCAGUCACCACCAGCUGUGGGCUCAGAGGCAGGAGGAGGACAGCAGGGCCCUGCUGCAGGAUGAGGAUGGGAGCCCCAGGGAGGAGCCCGGUGGGGUUGGCCCUGGCUCCAGCCCUGGCUCCGACAAUGCUGACUCAGAAUGUGAAGACUUGCCCAGUAAGUGGGGCCUGGUGGCUGAGAGGCUGAUGGUGCUUGCUGGACGCUUCUCCGACAUGCUGACCCAGGUGCAGGUGUUUGUCAGGCGCUUACUGGAGCUCCAUAUCUUUAAGCUGGUGGCCCUCUACACAGUCUGGGUGGCCCUGAAGGAGGUGUCGGUAAUGAAUUUUCUAUUGGUGGCACUGUGGGUUUUUGCCCUGCCCUAUCCCCGCUUCCGCCAUAUGGCGUCCUGCCUCUCCACGGUCUGGACUUGCAUCAUCAUAGUCUGCAAAAUGCUCUACCAACUGAAGAUUGUCAAUCCCUAUAAGUACUCCAGCAACUGCACUGAGCCACUCCUCAACAACACCAACCUACAGAAGUCCGAGAUCGGCAAUUCCACACUCUACCAGAAGCCGGUGGACCCUGCCAAUUGGUUUGGCAUCCGCAAGGACGUCUCGAACCUUGGUUACAUACAGAACCACCUGCUGAUCCUCCUCUUGCUGGUGUUCGAGGCCAUCGUGUACCGGCGCCAGGAGUAUUACAGAAAACAGUACCAGGUGGCCCUGCCCCCUGCCCAGAUUGUCUGCCCUGAGGGCACCCGCCACCACCUGGACCAGGGCCUCCUGAGCUGCGCCAAGUAUUUCAUCAACUUCUUCUUCUAUAAGUUUGGCCUGGAGAUCUGCUUCCUGAUGACAGUAAAUGUGAUUGGCCAACGCAUGAACUUCAUGGUGAUCCUACAUGGCUGUUGGCUGGUUGCCAUCCUCACUCGCCGGCGCCGGGAGGCCAUUGCCCGCCUCUGGCCCAAGUACUGCCUCUUCCUGGCCUUCUUCCUGCUCUACCAGUAUCUACUGUGUGUGGGCAUCCCCCCAGCCCUCUGCAUUGAUUACCCGUGGCGCUGGAGCAAAGCCAUUCCCAUGAACUCUGCGCUCAUCAAGUGGCUGUACCUGCCCGAUUUCUUCAUGCGUCCCAACUCUACCAACCUCAUCAGUGACUUCCUUCUGCUGCUGACCGCCUCCCAGCAGUGGCUGGUGUUUGUUGCCGAGCAGACCGAGGAGUGGCAGCACACAGCUGGACUCAACACGGACUACCUGGAGCCGCUGCGUGGGGAGCCAAACCCUGUGCCCAACUUCAUCAACUGCAGGUCCUACCUGGACAUGCUGAAAGUAGCCGUAUUCCGCUACUUCUUCUGGCUGGUGCUGGUGGUAGUGUUCAUCACAGGUGCCACCCGCAUCAGCAUUUUUGGCCUGGGCUACCUGCUCGCCUGUUUCUACCUGCUGCUCUUUGGGACCUCCCUACUGCAGAAAAGCACCAAGGCACAACUAGUGCUAUGGGACUGCCUCAUUCUGUACAACGUCACCGUCAUCAUCUCCAAGAACAUGCUUUCGCUCCUUUCCUGCGUCUUUGUGCAGCAAAUGCAGAAUAACUUCUGUUGGGUCAUCCAGGUCUUCAGCCUGGUGUGCACCGUCAAAGGCUACUAUGACCCUAAAGACAUGAGCAAGGACCAGGACUGCAUAUUGCCCGUGGAGGAGGCUGGCAUCAUCUGGGACAGCAUUUGCUUCUUCUUCCUCCUUCUGCAACGCCGCAUCUUCCUCAGUUACUAUUUCCUGCAUGUCAUGGCUGACCUUAAGGCCACAGCACUCCAGGCUUCCAGGGGCUUUGCUUUGUAUAAGGCCUCCAUCCUCAAGAGCAUCAAUUUCCAUCAGCAGGCAGAGGAGAAGUCCUUGGCGCAGCUGAAAAGACAGAUGGAAAGGAUCCGAGCCAAACAGGAGAAGCAUCGCCUGGGGCGGACCAGUGAAUGCCCUGAGGACCCAGAUCAAGAUCCAGAGCCAGGUGGCCCGAGCAGCUCUUCCCAACCCAGAAGGCGAUGGUGGCGGCCCUGGUUAGACCAUGCCACAGUGAUCCACUCUGGGGAGUACUACCUGUUUGAGUCUGACAGUGAGGAAGAGGAGGAGGUGCUGCCCGAGGACUCCAGGCCUUCACCACAGAGUGCCUUCCAGCUGGCAUAUCAGGCAUGGGUGACCAAUCCUCAGACUGUCUUGAGAAGACGGCGACAGGAGCAGCAGCUCCAAGAGGCUGGGGAAACCCCCUCAGCUAGGCAGCUGGAAGAGUCCGAGCUGCCAGGAACCCAGGAAGAAGAGGUGCCAGGCAGGAACAAUGUGAUGCAGCGCCUUCUGAAUAUCCUGCACUUCCUGUGGGUGCUGGGCCAGGCAGGGGUGGAUGGGCUGACCCAGUGGCUCAAUACCUUCACCCGGCACCACGCCAACAUAUCCACCGUGCUGCAGGCUGAACGCUAUGUCCUCACUCAGGAGCUGCUCAAGGGCGGUGACAUCCAAGGGGGCGUGCUGGAUGGGUUGUACCUGAAGGAGGAGGAAGAAGAGCUUGGGCCGCAGAGCCCCUUCAGCAGAGAGUUCCAGAGCAGCCUGGCUUCAAGUGGGCGUGGGGCAGAGGAGAUGCUCAGCAGUGCGACUGAAUACACAGGGGCCACGAGCCCCCUGACCACAGGCUACAACACUCAGAGCAACAGCGAGGAGCUCCUUGGGGGAAUCGAGGCUUCUCAAGAUAGAGACUCGAUGCGGGGCUCCCAAGAGCUCCUGGCGCACCCCAGUAUCUGGAAAAGGACAGCGAGCGAGCUGCUCCUCAACAGGCGAUUCAGGUUUGAGGAGCUGGAGGCCUCGGAGCACUUUUAUGAGAGCCAGGGCCGGAUCCUGAGGUUGCUGCAGGCUCUCUACCUCUUUGUGGCCGCCCAUUCAGAGCUCGUAUGCUACUUUAUCAUCAUCCUCAACAACAUGGUCACAGCUUCCGCUGCCUCCCUGGUGCUGCCCGUCCUCGUCUUCCUCUGGGCCAUGCUGUCCAUCCCCCGGCCCAGCAAGCGCUUCUGGAUGACAGCCAUCAUCUUCACGGAGGUGAUGGUGGUGAUCAAGUAUCUGUUCCAGUUUGGCUUCUUCCCCUGGAACAGCUCCUCGGUGCUGCGGCGCUAUGAGAACAAGCCCUACUUUGCACCCAGAAUUUUGGGCCUGGAGAAGACAGACAGCUAUAUCAAGUAUGACCUGGUCCAGCUCCUGGCCCUUUUCUUCCACCGGUCCCUGCUGCUGUGCUAUGGUCUGUGGGACCAUGAAGGGGACACAUUUACCAAGGAGCAGGACCAAGCCGAGGACCAAGAGAAGCCAGCGUUGGAAGAGGAGGCCGAGCCAGAGCCAGUGACUCAGGAUGAGGUGGGAACAGGGGCCCAGGACCAGCUGGAGGCUCAGGACGGAGUCCAGGCUGAAGAUGAAAUCCGGGUUGAGGAUGGAGGCCAGGACGAGGCCCCAGCUCAGACUAAAGGAACCAAGGACACAAGACGACUCAGCCUUCGAUUUAGAAGGAAGAAGAAGAAGAGCCAGGAGUCCUCGGAGCCAGAGGCCAUUGAGGACGAGGAAAAACCGAAGAAAAGAAAAGAAAAGAUGAGCCGUCCCCAGAGGAUGAAGGCCACAGGACUCAAGAUCAGGCGCUUCUUCAAGACUAUGGUGCAGAAUAUAUACCAGCCCAUACGUUGUUUCUUCUGGGACAUCCUCCACACUCAGUACCGAGCAGCCACCGAUGUCUACGCCCUCAUGUUCCUGGCAGAUGUUGUUGACUUCAUCAUCAUCAUCUUUGGCUUUUGGGCCUUUGGGAAACACUCGGCUGCCACAGACAUCACCUCCUCGCUGUCGGAUGAUCAGGUGCCCGAGGCCUUCCUGGUCAUGUUGCUCAUCCAGUUUGCCACGAUGGUCAUCGACCGGGCCCUGUACCUGCGUAAGACUGUGCUGGGAAAGCUCAUCUUCCAGGUCAUUUUAGUGUUUGGAAUCCAUCUCUGGAUGUUCUUCAUCCUGCCCGCUGUCACUGAGAGGAUGUUCAGCCAGAAUGCUGUGGCCCAGCUAUGGUACUUUGUAAAGUGCAUCUACUUCGCCCUGUCGGCAUACCAGAUACGUUGCGGGUACCCUACCCGCAUCCUGGGCAACUUCCUCACCAAGAAAUACAAUCACCUCAACCUCUUCCUGUUCCAGGGAUUCCGGCUGGUGCCAUUCUUGGUGGAGCUGCGUGCUGUGAUGGACUGGGUGUGGACAGACACUACGUUAUCCCUGUCCAACUGGAUGUGUGUGGAGGAUAUCUAUGCCAACAUCUUCAUCAUCAAAUGUAGCCGAGAGACGGAGAAGAACUACCCACAGCCCAAAGGGCAGAAGAAAAAGAAGAUUGUCAAGUACGGUAUGGGGGGGCUGAUCAUCCUCUUCCUCAUCGCCAUCAUCUGGUUCCCACUGCUUUUUAUGUCGCUGGUGCGUUCUGUGGUCGGUGUGGUCAACCACCCCAUUGAUGUCACCGUCACCCUCAAGCUUGGUGGCUAUGAGCCUUUGUUUACCAUGAGUGCACAGCAGCAAUCCAUCGUGCCUUUCACGCCGGACACCUACGAAAAGCUGACCAGGAAAUUUGACCCUUUUCCGCUGGCCAUGCAGUUCAUUAGCCAGUACAGCUAUGAGGACAUUGUCACGGCACAAAUUGAGGGCAGCUCGGGGGCCCUGUGGCGCAUCAGCCCCCCAAGUAGGGAACAGAUGAAAAAAGAGCUAUAUAAUGGCACUUCUGACAUCACCCUUCGGUUCACCUGGAACUUUCAGAGGGAUCUGGCCAAGGGGGGCACCGUGGAGUACACCAAUGACAAACAUACUAUGGACCUCACCCCCAACAGCACCGAGCGCAGGCAGCUAGCCAGCCUGCUGGAGGGGACCACAAACCAGGCUGUGGUCAUCCCUAACCUCUUCCCCAAAUACAUCCGUGCCCCCAAUGGUCCUGAGGCCAACCCAGUCAAGCAGCUACAACCAGAGGAGGAAAAAGACUACUUGGGGGUGAACCUGUCCCUGCAACGGAGUGGGGUGGAAGAGGGCUCCCUUGAGUGGUGGGUGAUCACUCUCCAGGACUGUCAGCCAGACUGUAACAUCCUGCCCAUGGUCAUCUUCAGCGACAAGGUCAGCCCCCCCAGCCUGGGCUUCCUGGCUGGAUACGGAAUCAUGGGGCUGUACGUGUCCAUUGUACUGGUGAUCGGCAAGUUUGUUCGGGGUUUCUUCAGUGAGAUCUCGCACUCCAUCAUGUUCGAGGAGCUGCCUUGUGUAGAUCGCAUCCUGAAGCUCUGCCAGGAUAUCUUCUUGGUUCGGGAGACCCGGGAGCUGGAGCUGGAAGAAGAGCUGUAUGCCAAACUCAUCUUCCUCUAUCGCUCCCCGGAGACCAUGAUAAAGUGGACCCGGGAAAAGCACUAGGAGCCGUGUGCGGGUCUUCUCCCCAGCAAAAGGAGCCCAGCCCAGGAAGCAGGUUCAAGAGACUUCAUGGACAGUGCACACCCAGUGCCCUGGAAAUGGGGGCUGCUGCUAGCCUGCCCCAGCCUCCCCGCUGAGCCUACACAGCACACAGCAGGUGCUGAGACUGCCUAGCCACAAGGCUGCAACCUGCAUCUGAGGAAGCACUAUCCAGACCAUUGCCAGCAGGGCAAACGGUCAGUCCUGUCUUCCCCUCUGGACCAGGGUCACGGCAGCCUCAGCUGGGGGCCUUGGCUCCCAGCCGCCCCAAGUGGCCUGGCCUCCAGCUUGAGGGCCGAGCCAUGCAUCUGCCCAGAGGAGGCAGCCACUCCAGGGGGGAGGGACCUGGGUCUCCCCAGACGUACUGUAGAGUUUUCUAAUUAAAAAUGAUUUAUUUAUACAGACGGACAAUUAAACGGUGAGUUGUGGCCUCACCUCUCCUA